CUUCCAUUCUUGCAGCAGAGUUAUUGUCUUCUCUCUCUUAAAAAACCUCCUAUCUCUCUUUCUCUCUCUCUCUCUCUCUCUCUCUCUCUCUCUCUCUCCCCCUUCACCCACGCAACCGGCAAUUCAAUCUUCCUUUCCGGAUUCAAUCUCAAUCGGCUCGGGGCUUCCGAUUCAGAUUUGGAAACCAAAAUUAAAAAAUUAAAUUAAAUUUAACAAAAAGAAUUGAAUUCGAUUAGGGUUUCAAAUCUAUCAAGGCGAUUUGAGAUUUCUGGGAAAUUUCCCCAAUUAUUUGCGAUGACUAACCGUGGAGACCGAGAUUUACACACGAACGACGAGAUCGAUUGCGUUGGGGAUCAAUCGAACGGUGGCGAAUUGGAGAACUCGUCCGCCACGAACGGUGUGGGGAGCUCCGCCGCUGGACCGGCGUCGAGGAGCGAGACUGGGCUCGAGGAGCGGUUGACGGGGAUACUUGUUGACGAAGGAGAUGGAGAUCUGUUGCUCCAGCAGAGCAAUCGGGAGGACCGCGUUUUGCAGUGGCUAGAAGCGCUUGAUAUGCAGGUUAUGGGGGCGUGUCGCGCCGACGAGAGGUUGAAGCCACUGUUGAAGAUGAAUGCCUCGAAUGACGUCGCAGAGGAUCGAUUGUUAGCUCAAUUGAGCCAGCACUUCGGGCCAGCGGAAGUUGGAAUGCUAGCGAGGUGCUUCUGUAUACCUCUCGUUUCUAUUCGUGUGGGGAAGAUCAACAAGCAAGGGACUCUCUUGUGCCCCACUGCUGCAAGGGGCAAUUUAAAUCUUACUGUUUUGCCAACUUCAAAUUUACGCCUUUCAUUCGUUGGGGAUGAUGGUCGUAUAGAUAGACUGUGCACCUUACAUAACAAAUCCCAGUGCUUUGCUGUAGAAAUCAAUGAAAUUCCAGCAGACAAUUCUGGCCGGUCUUUCCUUAUUAAAAUCCCAGAUGGCCAGAUUUUAUACUUUUGGUGCUCUGAGACAUCACGACUUUUGGGAAUUGAAUUGCUUUCAAAGAUGAAGGAUCUGCUCAAGAGGAAGCCCUCCAUAGCCGAGUUAACUGGAAUCAGUGAACCUCGCCUUGGUUGCUUUGCAACUCACCUACGUUCCUAUCUGGUGGGCUCAACAGUAGGUGGCAGUGUGUCAAGUUCUGCAGGCUCACCUUCUGAUUUGGAUACCACCACAGAACCAUCUGAUACAGCUCAAGAUGGACAAUUCUCAUCCACAUCAUCAAAAUCCCUGCGUUCCCGACAUGGUGUCAAUCAGUCCAUGAAGGCAAAUUCAUCAUUUCAGGGUCGCCUGAGCCCAAGGUCAAGUUCCUUCAAAGAUCUGCCCAGAACCUUGUCUUCUCUGAGGAAUAUUACCAGGGAGAAGUUAAGGAGGCGAGGCGACAUCUUAGUUUCAGCCAUUGACAACCCAACAACUGCUUCACCAAUCACAAUCGAUUCAUCUUGUUCAAAUCAUGCUGAAACUGACAGUUGUCCAGAAACUAUUAGAAGUUGCUCGUUGUCAUCUUCAAGUUUCCUAGAGUCGCUAGGGAAAUUGGCUCGUCCACCGACCCUGAACCCUGCAUCACAAGUUCCUUACAUGGUUACCCCUCUGUUAUCUCCUUACUAUUGUUGGUGCCCUCCAGGUUCAUCGGAUUUGCAGUACUCACCAGAACAUCCUGAACUCCCCCACUCAUUGACGGAAUCAGCUUUGCUUCCACCACUUUCAUCUUUGUUGCCGCCCAAUAUGCCCUCGAGCAUGUUGUCAACAAAACCACAUCUUAAUUUGGCCGAUUCCCCCUUGCUUGAUUUCCCUGCAUUUUUCCCAGACCCACUGGUUAGGCUAGCAAGGCCAACUUCUCAGCAGAUCCCAACUUUCACACCCUUGAUGUGCGACCCAAUUGUUCACAUUCCAGUCAUCGAUAUUUGCUCGUCGGGUCAAGGAUACUUGGUCAGCGCUGGUCCCACUAUUUCAACAACAAUAUCUCCCCUGCACUCAAAGCUUGCGAACAUUCCUGAAACUGAUUCUAUGCUGGAGAAAGGUGCCAGAGAGACACUGCGACUUCUAAUCAGUGGUUCGACCCAGAAUAGCUCACAGCUGAUAGAUGUAUUGCCUGCUAUGCUAUCAAAUGCGCAUGAGAAUCGAAACAUGCUUGUUGCUGGGAGCCGGGGUCUCUACAGUGGAACCAGGGACGUUGACGUGAUUGCAAAGAGCAUUGCAGCCAUGGGUCUGGUUUCACUGCCUGGGAUAUCGAAUAUGGCAAGUGUUUUGGAUAAUUCUAGCAGUCGCGACAGUUUUAAUAUGCAGGAAGAGGGAUCAAGUGGGCUGGAUGGACCUUGUUCGGAAGAUAAAGGUACCGCCUUUUGUUCGGAUUAUAGGGUAAAGAGGGGUGAUGAAUAA